ACUUUCAGUUACCGAUUGUCACGAUACAGUACAAUUUGAUCCCGUUUAUAGAUAACGAUCAUGUCCUUUAACUCGUACGGCUAUGGAGCAUAUGGUUACGGGCAACAAGUGGCUACUCCUUAUGGACACGAUGAAACGGGAAUGAUGCAAGGUGUGAUGGGUCCGGGAACUGGCGGAGGUGGUAGUUGCGGCAGCUCAGGAGGAGCCUACAAUGCUCGCUAUCAUUUCCAAGCGGCACAGAAUGCUGGGUUCGAUACUGGUAGUGAAGAUCAUCAACCAAGAACUGUCUAUGUUGGAAAUUUGGAUCCAAGUAUAACUGAGGACUUUAUUACCACGUUAUUUGGGCAGAUUGGUGCUGUUACGAAAACAAAAGUCAUCUUUGAUGGAACCAAUGAUCCAUAUGCUUUCGUGGAAUUCGCUGAUCACUAUACUGCUGCGCAAGCAUUGCAGGCAAUGAACAAAAGAGUGCUUUUGGAAAAGGAAAUGAAGGUGAACUGGGCUACUGAACCAGGAUCACAAGCCAAAGUGGAUACCAGUAAACACUUCCAUGUAUUUGUUGGCGAUUUGUCUCCAGAAGUUGAUAAUAAGGCAUUGAAAGAUGCAUUCGCUCCAUUCGGAGAAGUUUCGGAUGCUAAAGUAAUUAGGGAUGCAACAACUUUGAAAUCAAAAGGCUAUGGAUUUGUUUCUUACCCGAAGAGAGAGGAGGCGGAGCGAGCAAUAGAACAAAUGAAUGGUCAGUGGUUAGGACGACGAACAAUUCGCACAAAUUGGGCAACACGUAAACCAACUGGUACGGGUGCCGGUGAUGGACAGUAUGGACGCACCGAGUUGAAUUACGAUGACGUCUAUAAUCAGACGGGUCCGGAUAAUACAUCUGUAUACGUCGGAAAUGUUAACUCAAGCGCUAAUGAUGAAGACCUACGAGCUGCAUUUGACAAAUUCGGCCGUAUCCUAGAAGUUCGAAUCUUCAAAUCACAGGGAUAUGCAUUUGUGCGUUUCGACAAAAAGGAUUCUGCUUGUAACGCUAUUUGCAAAAUGAAUGGACAAGAAUUGUGCGGUCAGAACAUAAAAUGCUCUUGGGGAAGAACACCUGAGGGUCACAAUCAGCAGGCCAAUGCUUACAAUCAAGCCCAAGCGUAUGCAAAUUACGGUGGUUAUGGAGCCUAUGGCUAUGGAAAUGGUGCGUCAGGUGGUCCAGGUGGUAGUGCUGCAGCGCAGCAACAAUACUGGAAUUACUAUCAGCAAUAUUACAGUAAUCCACAGCUUGUUCAGCAGCAGUGGCAGAGUUACUGGCAGCAGCAGCAGCCACAAGGUGGAAAUCAGUAAAUGGAAUAAAGCGAAAUAUUAGGAGGGCAGUUCUUUUAUUUGAAUUUCUGCGCGAAGGAAUCUUUUAAAAUAAUUUUGAACAAUUAACAUUUCUCCCAAACACUUUUCAUUGCUACACUUUUUUUAAACUUAAUCAUACAUAUUUCAUUUAUUUAUUGUUAUUCAAACAGCGCAUCUCAUUGAUUUCCCAUUGAUUUUUUUUCUUCAGUACGAACAGUACAUACUUCCUCCGCUAAAUUUCCAAUAAUAUUCUGUGCUUUUGUUCUUUUCCAAUUACUUUUUUAAACAAUUUACUUUUUUGUUUAUUUAUGUCAUGGGCAAUUAAGCACAUUAUUGGGCUUAUCGUCGGAUUUUUUUUUUUCUAUACUUACAUUUUUUUUAUUGUCGAGGAUUUCCUUUUUCUGUUUUGUAAUGUUUUCUUUUCCGAGUGAUUAAGCGAACUUUUUGAUUUCAGUUAUGCAUGUUUCAUUUAUCCAUUCUCAUAUAAUUCUGUUGACAGUAAGACCUAUUUAGUUAGUUUGUGCCUAGAAGGAUAAACAGAAUAUAGAAGAGAAAAUAAUAGCUUGGUCUUAAUUUCUCGGAAAAAAUUUAAAUAUAUAGAGUAAAAACUAAGUAAUUGUGAUAUGGCAUAGUUUGCAUUUUCAGUAAAAGGCUUGUUUUUUUUUUCUUUAAGCAUGUUUGGCUCCAUUUUUCUCUCUGGUUUUUUCUUCUAUAUCUUCUAUAUUAGCGAUUGUUCAUUUCAUUUUCUUCCCAUUUGUCGGCGUUCAGGCAUGAUUUUUCGUAUUUUUCAUAGGAGUAUGCGUACCAAUGUUAUCAUUGUUUUUGUUAGAAUAAUGCCAUCUUUGUUCAGUAAGUUCUGUUUCUCCUAAUGAAAGCAAUGUGAA